AUGGUCAAGCAGCUCCUCGUCGACAACAUAGACUUCGACUCGGUGCCCGCAGGCACCAUCAAAAUUGACUGUCUGGGCGCGUACAUCGCCAAUGACCAUUUAAUCCGGGGCCAGUAUGGGCUUACUCAGAGCUCGCUGCCGCUGCCGCUGGAACUGAGUGAAAGUGAGUCUGAGGAAGAAAGUGGGCCACUGGCGUCGACACUGGCUGUGCGUUUGGCGCAGCAAAUGGUCACUUGUCCAAGCACAGACUCGGUGAACGCUCAGAACAUUGCGUUGCCUCAGCAUAACUCAGACAUCAUCCACAUGAGCGUGGAUAUCGGGGGGACCUUGACCAAACUCGUGAAGUUGCACUUUCAGGAUUUCCAGACGGGCAAUUUCGAAAAGGAAGCCCUCUCGCAUAUGAUCCAGCUCAUUCGCAAGUCCAUCAUCAACAAGCUGAACCCGCCAAUCACGUAUGUCAUGGCCACAGGAGGCGGUGCUCAUAAAUUUUGCAAGUUGAUGGUGCUGGUUUUUAAGACUCAUCGCUUUCCUAUUCAGAUUGUCCGUAAAGACGAGAUGGAGUGCCUCAUCAAGGGCCUCGACUGGCUCAUCACCAAGAUCCCCAACGAGAUCUUCACCUACGAUCUCACCGCCAACCAAAUCAAAUUCAUCACUAGCCCUUAUACUACGGAGGACCAAAUAUACCCGUAUUUGCUCGUGAACAUUGGCUCUGGUGUUUCCAUGGUGAAAGUCACUGGCCCCGGUCCCCACGGCUUUGAGCGUAUUGGAGGUUCGUCUCUUGGCGGGGGCACUUUGUGGGGGCUCCUCUCGCUCCUUACAGACGCAAAAGAUUACACGGAGAUGUUGGAGAUGGCCCAACGAGGCAAUAACGAGAACAUCGAUCUUUUGGUUGGUGAUAUCUACGGCACCAGCUAUAACAAAAUCGGAUUGAAGUCCACCCACAUUGCAUCUUCGUUUGCCAAAGUGUUCAAGAAGCUUCGCUUUUCCAAACAGGGAAAGCCGCUCACGCCCAGCGAGAAGUUGGCGCAGUUCAAGCAAGAGGACAUAGCCAGGUCCCUUUUGUACCUGAUUUCCAACAACAUAGGUCAGAUUGCGUACUUGCAAGCGCUUCGGUUCGAUCUCAAGCGUAUUUAUUUUGGAGGCAGUUACAUCCUGGGGCACAUGCAAACUAUCCACACAUUGAGUUACGCUGUGAAUUUCUGGUCCAAGGGCGACAUGAAGUCGUAUUUUCUUCGGCACGAAGGAUACUUGGGCAGUGUUGGUGCAUUUAUGAUGGGCCCUAACGGUGAUGUUCACAACGGGUGCUCUAAGCAUUGA